AUGUCCCUUACGAUUGUUGUGGCAACAGCUGUUCGGGCCCGGUCUGCUUCCAGCGACAGGAAUUGUAGCUGGCAGCUCCGUGACGACAACGGCUCCCACCUCCUCAAGUACAAGUCCAAGCUCGAUAUCAGUCGAAACAAGUGCUUAAACACCCAAAUAUUCACAGAGCCCAAUGGAGCAACCACGGUUCUGACUUUGCCGACGAGCCUAUCAAUCACUGGACCCACUACACUGGUGACCGGAGGCUCGACAUUGACUCUUGGUCUUGCACCAACCACGACGACUGGUACUGAUAUUGAAGUUUUUACCGAGCCUGACGGAGCCACCACUACCUUGACACUAGAGUCCGACUACCCAAUUAUCGCUCCAACAACGUUGGUGACAGGAGACUCGACACUGACGCUGUAUCCGGAACCUACAUCCUCCUCUUCGACCUCCAGUGGGGUGGUCCCCGUUAUUCAAACACUUCAAGAUCCUGAUGGAGACUUGUUCACGGUUACGCAACCGUCUAUUACCGGGAUCGAAACCAUCUCGACCAGCGGAUCAACCCUGGAGCUUGCACCCUUCGUCACUCUCUUCACCAAUUCACCAACGUCUACAAUGACGACCGUUCCGCCCGGCGUCACUGUCGCAGCGUUCACAGAAUGGACCGCAUCGACCAACGGCUAUGUGACCUCCACUGUGGGUGGAACUCCUGUGGUCUUCCCAGUCAUUGUCCCAUGUGCGACUUGCGUGCCGGACAUCAUCGAGGGAUGGGAUGAUGAUUUGCCGAACGUUUGGAUCAAGUGGCCCAAGUUUCCGCACCUGCCGUCCUUCCACAUUCCUUGCAUCUUCUUCUGCAGUCAUCCGAAAAAGAAUCCCUCCCCGCCGGUCAACGACGGACCUCCACCGAGCGCUGAAGGGGAGCCUUCCGCCAGCUCUACGCCCACGAGCUCGCCAAGCCCAUCGUCGUCGGGCUCCUCAUCGUCGAGCUCAGCCUCGUCAACUUCGACGACCUCGUCCUCAGCCUCGUCUUCAGGUUCUUCGAGCUCUUCAUCCACCUCUUCCUCCACAUCUUCCGCACCGCUCGCCAGUACGACCCCAGAUUUCAAAGGAACAGAUCCCGACCUCGUCGCACAGGUGGAAGCGUACCAAGCACCAUUCCUGGGCUGUCUAUCGACAUUCGUCCUCCCAUUCCCAACUGCUUGCGUUUCUUCGAAUAGUACAGCCUCUGGAAGCUCGAGCGCGUCUGCUAGCUCAACGUCACAGCCUACCACAUUCUCCACCAGCACCAUCACAAGCUCGACGGCGAGCAUCCCAUCGUUCUUGCCAAUGACAUACUCAUAUGCGGACCCUGACCAAGGCGUUAGCUCUGCAUAUUGCCAAUACUCUGGACUAGACUAUCCGGCGAGUUUCACAACCAUUGGCACGUCGGUCAACUCGUGUGCUUAUACUGCGGUUCCGUCAACCACCAUUCCUCCGCAGAGCCUGACGUCGAGCGUCAACUCUGCAUUCUGCCAAUACUCCAGUUUGGACUAUCCAGAGAGCUUUGCAACCAUCGGCACGUCAGUCAAUCCUUGUGCAUACACAAGUCUUCCCGCCUCGACAAUUCCUGCUCCCACGGCGGCGACGACGACGGUCUCCUCGAGCCCGAGCUCCACCGCUCCUGCGUCGGCUACAACACCGACCCUGUCAACCAUUGACCCCGCCAGUGCUGCCGCUGAGACGGCCCUUUGCUACUCAACCACCGAUGGAUCGAGCCACGUUCCGUUCAGCCUUUCAGAUGCAAAUACCGCCAUCCACGACCUCUGCGUUAGAAGUGCGUCCCUGGAUCCUACUGUGCAGGCUAGUGUAGACUUUCCACAAUAUCCCGGAGACGGCUAUACCAUCACCGUCGCGAUGGAAUGGGCGACCGACCAGACCGACUGCGGCGUCCCUGCGGCCUUCGAUAUCCCCAACCAGCAAUAUGAUUGCGCUGCCUCAUUCGAGGUCAACACCAAUUGCAUGGAUGAUGGGAAUGUCAUCGGAGGGGUGUGGGUGUUGAACACGGGUGCUGGCUGCGUUGGGGUCACGAUGAGCGCCAAUCCUAGUUCAGAUAGCUGA